AUGGCCUUCGCCGUCUGUUGUGGGGUCUAUGGCUGGAGAAGUAUGCCGUUUGGCCUGAAAAAUGCAGGGGCCACGUAUCAGCUAAUGAUGGAAAAAAUCUUCAAGGAACAGCUUGCUAAGAAUAUCUCAGUGUAUGCGGAUGACAUGCUCUUGCGGAGUAUCAGGACGGAGGACCAUGUCUCUGACCUGGAGGAAAUCUUCACCGUUGUUAGAAAACACCGACUCAUGCUGAAUCCAGCGAAGUGCACCUUUGGGGUCACAACAGGGAAAUUCUUGGGCUACAAAGUUACUUCAGCAGGGAUUGAGGUCAACGCGGAAAAGGGAACUAAAUUCUUGUGGACAGCGGAAUGUCGGGCGGCAUUUGAGGAUCUCAAAGUGUAUCUAGCAAAGCUCCCGACUCUGACCAAGCCGGUCCCGGGAGAAACAUUGUAUCUGUACAUAGCAGUGGGGGAGGACGCAAUCAGCUCUGUGCUUAUCAGAGAGGAGGGAAGUCACCAGAAACCCAUUUACUUCGUCAGCCGAAUCAUUCAGGGCCCCGAGCUAAACUACACAGAAAUAGAGAAGGCUGCUCUGGCGGUCAUGGUCACGGCAAGAAAGUUGAGGCCUUAUUUUUUAUCGCAUCGGGUAGUGGUGCGCACUGCUCUACCUUUUAGACAAGUGUUAGGGCGGCCGGAUUUGUCGGGAAGAAUGGUCAAAUGGGCUGUGGAGUUGGGGGAAUAUGAUGUGGAGUACGAGCCAAGAACAGCAAUUAAAGCACAAGCGCUGGCAGAUUUCAUCCAAGAAACAACUCAACGUCCCGCGCCAGAGUUUUGGGUUGCCUUUGUGGACGGGUCAGUAACAAAGGAGGGAUGCGGAAUUGGGGUGUACAUCACCUCACCAGGUUACGGUACGUAUCAAUUUGCUAUCAAAUUCACCUGUCGGCUGUCCAAUAAUGAGGCUGAAUAUGAGGCUGUGGUCAGAGGGGCGCAUAUUCUGUCGGAACUCAAGGCCGAAUGUGUCAUCGUCAAGACAGACUCCCAGUUAGUAGCUCAACAGUUGUCAGGGGCCUAUAAUGUCAAAGAUCAGCGGAUGAAGGCGUAUCAUUGCAAAAUCAACGAGAUGAAAGAAAAGUUCAUGGAAUUUAAGAUCGAGCAAAUUUCCCGGGAGGAUAACACAAAAGCGGACUUACUGGCGUGCAUGGCCAGCGCGGUGGAACAAACUUGGAAUGAUGAGAUUAUUUUACUCUGUGAUAUCAGAGCGAUGGGGACUUCACAGCCUUUACUAAAAUGCUUAUCUCCAGAGGAAGCUAACUUUGCUUUAAACGAAGUUCAUGCAGGUUGUUGUGGUGGUCACACGGGAUUCCGGGACCUUGUACGCAAAAUCAUUCGGGCAGGGUUCUACUGGCCUAACAUCAACAAAGACGCCAGGGAGUUCGUCCGCAAGUUUGAGGCUUGCCAGAGACAUGCCGGGAGAAUCAACAUUCCAGGGGAACCUAUGGGCGUUAUGUACGCUGCAUGUCCAUUCGACAAGUGGGGUAUCGACAUAGUCGGGAAGCUGCCCACGGCACCAGGGGGCAAGUGCUUUUUACUUGUAGCGGUGGACUACUUCUCUAAGUGGGUCGAGGCUGAAGCCGUGGGGAAAAUCGAUGAGGUGACUGUGGAGCGUUUCAUUUGGCGGAAUAUAUGCUGCAGAUUUGGCGUGCCCAGGAUCAUCGUGUCGGACAACGGAACCCAGUUUACUGGGCAGCGGAUUGCGGAUUUCUGUAACCGGAUGGACAUCACCCAACGAUUCAUCUCGGUGGCUCAUCCACAAGCGAACGGUCAAGUGGAACUGGCUAACAUGACAAUAUGCGAUGGGAUAAAGAAGAGGCUGAAUCAAAGCAGAGGCAAGUGGGUCGAGGAGUUGGACACUGUACUUUGGGCUUACCGCACUAGCCCAAAGACAGCCACUGGCGAAGCACCAUUCACUCUGGUGUAUGGAUCUAACGCGGUGAUACCAGCGGAGGCAAGGUUGGAGUCAUAUCGGAUUACAAGCUACAACACUGAGCACAAUGCCGAACUCCGCCGAGCAGAGUUGGAUUUAGUGGAAGCACAGAGGGAUGAAGCCCGGGUCAGAGCGGCAAAGUACAAGAGUAUUAUCAAGGCAGGAUAUGACAAGAGGGUCAGAGCGAGGAAAUUAUCCAAGGGCGACCUGGUCCUUAAGCGAGCUGAUGCAUUAAAGGCAGUGGGCAAGUUCGAAGCCAAUUGGGAAGGCCCGUUCAUUAUCACAGAGGUCUUGGGUGGCGGAGCGUACAUAUUGUCGGAUCCAGAUGGCAGAGCUCUCCCUAGGCUGUGGAAUAUCAACACUCUCAAAAAAUUCUAUGUAUAA